AUGGUGACAAUAAUCAACAAAUCAUCAUAUCAAACAUCCGCUCGUGAGAGAAAGAGAGUCUCAUUUCUGAGUUUCCUGCUUCGAACAGGGACUCGAGACUCGUGGGUUAGGGGCGCAAGAGGCCGCGACGUAGUACCGGGAGGACGUGACCGGAGGAAGCAUGGGCGUCCUCCUCUCCCACAGGUGUUGGUUCCGAGGACCUUCCACAGAACGUGCCGGGACUCGAGACUCGUGGGUUAGGGGCGCAAGAGGCCGCGACGUAGUACCGGGAGGACGUGACCGGAGGAAGCAUGGGCAUCCUUCUCUCCCACAGGUGUUGGUUCCGAGGACCUUCCACAGAACGUGCCGGCGCCAGUGAUGUGAGUGGCUCACAACAUAGUCGGGUGGUGGUGUCUGCCUCAUGAGUGCAAGAGGAACGCAAACCUCUCAGAAAAGAACAGCUGAGGUGAUUGUGUAUUAAUCUGAAGACACAAGCAAGGCUUCCUCUGUCUUUGCCUCUCGUAAGUGUCAGUACCAAGAGAACUGUUGGCUUAACCAGGAAGCUUGCUGGUGCUUGAAUCCAAGAUGAGCUCAUCUGAGUCACAAAAUAAUAACCUUCUCAGCAUGUGCAGUGACAGGCUGUGGGAUGUAGGAUGGGAUCAAGACGAGUCAUACUUUGACUGUCAAUACACUUUGACUCAUCUAUAUGUUAUGCUGGAUAACAGGACUAUUCCUGAUGAAUUUGUCAGCUUCUUCAUAGCAUCUUCUAUCAAAACUAUCCCCAUGGAAUUCUACAACCAAUUACAGGCUAAGGAAAUUACCAAAAUGUUGACUGGCAAAGUCACAUCAUUAGCUUCCAGUUAUUGUGCUCACCUGCAAGCCUCCCACAACCAGAGGAUGCAUGCACUCAACGGAAACCCUGACUUCCCAAGCCACAUGGCAGAUAUUGACAAACGACCAUCAGAAGUCAAGCAGUUUCUUGAGGGUAUCAGUUCAUUGACACCAGUCAGGCCAAUCAAUGGGGAGGGACUACUGGGGUUCCUGCAGGGGCCUAGAAGUCUCCGUGAUGGCUUUCAUUUGAUCUCCUCCUCCAUCUUGCGUGAUGGUAAGAUCCAGCCAAACACUGACAUCCCAGUACCUGCCACCACCCUUUAUCCACGUCAACUCAGACCCACCUGCCCAGGACCUGUGGUCAACUCGGCCUCUGCUUUGCCUGUCUCAGGCAUGCGUCUCUCUCCUGUUCAGGGACGACCAAUGAAGUUCACUUCACUGGGUCAGGCCAUCAAAGAACAACAACACUUGUUGGAAUUAGAAGACUCACCAGAACCAGAUGCAGUCUCAUUAGAAGGCUAUUUGCACAGUGACCUUGAACUUCUAAUGAGAUACGAAACUUUUGGUGGCAUGAACUUGUGCUUGGAGACUUGGCUUCUCAAACUAGCAGCACUGGAUUCAAUCAUGGCACAUGCUGUGCAGCCCCAUUCAUUGCCAGCAACCAUCUUCUCUGCCUUUGACACAAGGACCAGACCUACAGUGGACCAGGCUAAGGUGUCCAUCAAUGACAGCCCAGUGUUCAGUGAGGAUGUUGGGGGUCUUGCCACUCCAAUGUUCCCUUACCAUGGAGGUGAAGGCACCUUGUCUUUUCACUUAUCUACUAGAACAGUUCCUUCUGGUGACUUCAUCUUCUUACCUCCAAGGAUCAUAACCGGUGACCAGAAUCGCACUUUGCGGCUUGUUGCUCUCUUUGUGUUGAUGGUGACAGAGUGGCCUUUUGGUAUAUUCACCAUCCACCAGGCCACCACUGAUGAUGUGGGAGGCAACCAAGGGAACCAGGUAUUUGUUCCUAGUGCUGCCACAUUCCGGAUACCGGGGUUGCGGUCUGUGAACAUCAUCCUUCCUCGAGACACUUUCGGUGAUAUAUCCACUGAUCAAAAUUCUUUCAACCAGGCUGCAGCCGUCUGUCCUCAGUUUGGGUCAGCAGCCACUGGUGCUGGUGCUACUGUUCAUCCAGCUCAUGACCCCAUAAACAUUUGCUGGGAUCCCAGUGUACAGCCAAUAGAGUAUAGCCUAACGCAGUUCCUAUGUAGUUGGGCACUAGAUUUCAGCUUAUAUGACAUCAUAGAAAUGGUUGGUAUCCUUAAGCAAUGCAGUGUUACUGAUGCUGACAUGGCCUCUGCCCUUGAAAUCCUUAGGAUGUACACAACCUUCUUCCCAUCUCUGAUUGAAUCUGACGAUGCUAGCGAGACAGAUUUUGCCCCUGAUAGUGUUGGUGGGAUGCGAGUUAAUGUCUUGAAUUGCACUGUAUUACCAACUGCAUCUUACAGUAACUCUGUGCCACAAGUAGUAGGAGGUUGGCCACAAGCAUCAAGCCCAGAUACAAUUGUGAUGGGCUACGAUGUCAAUAUAAUUGCCUUCAGUCGUGUGAUGCUUGGGUUGAUGGUGAGCCCCACCCUGUGUGUAUCCUCACCCUGCUGCUUUGGGAAAGCCACCACAAUAGCAGAACAGAUUCUUGGUGCUAUGCAAGCUGCUGUUUGCCCACAGGUGUGCUAUGCUCUAUUUGGCAUAACUUCUGAAGGGCUAACCAAUGCAUCAAAAUACAGAGGUCUAAAUUCUUCUCAACACCUUGUGCAGAAGUUAUUUGCUUCUUCUGAGCCAUCCCAGAUGGGUGCAUUCUGGGAGUUCCUGGAGAGGAAGCUCACUGGAUAUGGUCAUGUUGGGAUUGUCUUCAACAACACCAGUAUCAGCCCAUAUUCCAGGCAAUACUGUCGAGGGAGGUUCUCAGCUGUAGACCGUGAUACCAUUGCUGUGAAUGGUACUGUGCCUGCCAUCAUGGUCACUGCUUGGCUGGCACUAUUUUCAAAUGAACUGCCAAAGAGUGAGGCACCUUUCACUUCAUUUCAUAACCACAACAUAAUUGCUGGCUACAAUACUGACCAGGACCCCACCUUGCAUCCUCUCACCCUGGAUGUCAAUGGCGUUAAAUCGACGGCUGGCUACACCACUGCAACUGAUCAACUCUCCUUCUACUCUGAGAACCAGCUGCCCACUGAUAAUCUGAACUCGCUAUAUAACAUCAAGCUGGCCCAGACUGAACCAGCCCAUCGCCAUUAUGUGAGAUACUGUGGCAGGACCAUUGAUGGAGUUGUCUUUCCAGCAGCCAACAUGUUCAUCAAGCAGCGUGCACUCCCCCUGCUUCCAGGAGCAGUCCGACCAGGACAAGAGGCAGACGCUCUAGUAGGCUCCAUCCCUCGCAUGACUACUGAAGGUGCCAGAGUUGUGAUCUGUCAUGACCUGUUGGGGGUGGGUAGGACACUACUUUUAGCAGAAAAUAGAAGAGGUACUGUGCAACGGGCAUCCCUCAGAUAUCAAAAAUAUUAGCUACUUUCAACACCAGGAUCACUGGAGAGAUUCUACCGAGGUGCUCCCAAUCACCGAAGUUUGUACCUGUAGUGCUGCAGUGACGGUGAGUCUGCUUGCUGUGAAGAGGCCUCAUUGCUGAAGUCGAAGAAAUUCCUCAAAAGCUUCUGCCACAUCUCCCUCUAGCUCCUCCACUGCUGGAGACCAUCUGGUUGAAGAAGAGGAAGACCAGGAUUAUACAAGCAAAAAAAAUCUGAAUUAGGGAUAAUCUGAAUUAGGAAUAAGACACAUUACAACACUAAACUAAAAAAAUGUUUGCCUGUAAGAAAUGAUAGAUGGGUUCACAUUUAAAUACAGUGGUGACCCAAGACAAAGUAAAGUAAUCCAGGUCUAGCUUUCUUAAAGAAUCUAUUGAAAUAGUUGCAUUUAGAAAAGAUUUGUUCCAGAUUUACAGGCAACACCAAAGUUGCCAAUCAAUAUGACCUACAAGAAAAGAGCAUGGAAAUAUCUUUGCAUUUUCUUAAUAAAAUGUUUGUUCAUGAG